UACAUUGUGACGCUUUCCCCUUGGCUUCAAACAUGCUCAUCGCUAUCAUUGGUACUCGAUGCUCCGGUAAAUCAACGCUAAAGGACUACCUAGUUUCACACAAAGGUUUUAUUCCAGUCCAUACGACCGCGGAGAACCACUCGGUUGGCACUUCGAGGCGACUACUCAAGAAAGAUCGACCCACUGACACAGCAACAAAGCAUCUAUCCUUCCUGUCCAUGGAUAUGACACCCGUGCCCUCACCAGCUCUCUUUUCGUUUUUGAGGGACGGCGAGACUCUACCGUCGAAGCACAACAACCAAUCGAAUCGAAUCGAUUUCUUCUCUCCUGGUGAUCUUUUAGACCACGCCACGAAAAACUGGACAACGAACUUCGUUACUACAAAUCUAGAUUCCCGCGAGCUGGUGGAGAUCUUUCUAAAACGCCCCUUCUUCAUGUUGUUGUGUGUGGAUGCACCUUUGUAUGACAGGUUUAGACGGUGCCGCGGUCCAGAGUCCCUUGAAGAAUUCGUGCAGGAAGACGAUACCAUUAGAUUUGGUUCCCAAAGCUGGACAAUCGCUCAGAUGAACGAUCUUGUCAAUGUCUUUAUAAUGAAUGAUUUCUCGACCACGUCUGAUCUUUACAAUUACUUGGACGAACUGGAUUUGCCCAACCCCUCACACUUACGGCCUGGCUGGGACACAUAUUUCAUGACACUUGCUUCCCUUGCUUCCCAUAGAUCCAAUUGUAUGAAGCGUCGUGUAGGCGCCAUCCUAGUUCGUGAUCACCGAAUACUAUCCACCGGUUAUAAUGGCACUCCACGUCACCUUCGAAAUUGUAACGAAGGGGGUUGUCCACAUUGUAACGGUGUCUCCACGGAGGGAUUGGAUUGCCUCUGUCUCCAUGCAGAAGAAAACGCUCUACUCGAGGUGGGUCGAGAAAGAGUGGGUGAUGGUUGUGUCCUCUAUUGCAAUACUUGUCCUUGCUUGAAGUGCACGAUAAAGAUCAUUCAAACAGGCGUGCAAUCAGUAGUUUACAACCUCACUUACAAGAUGGAUGACGCUUCCGCAAGGCUCUUUCAGGAAGCCGGGGUGGAGCUACGAAGGUUCGACCCAAACAUCAAAAGUCGUCUACCGACACUUGAUGGACGUUUACGUUGAGAAAAGCCAACAUAUCUAUACCAAACUUUGAAUAUACCCUAUUCUUCUAGUUGUUGAAAUAUUAAUGCCACAUUCUUUGCAAUUUCCCACUCUGGUCUUCGUAAGAAAGCUGUGGAUUCGUCUGUCUGUCCCAAGGUCGAGUAAAGUGCUAGCCAAACGGCAUCGGCAUUCCUCAGGCCCGCAGCUAGGUACAAUUCCCUUGCGAGAUGUUGGAGUUCAUCCGAUGCCUUCGAAUGUAAGAAUCGGCGAAAUGAUACAAUGACUUCCCAAGUUGAAGAGUCUUGAGGAUCGACUCCUCUUAGAGCACCUGCCAUUGUCUUCAGCAAGGCUCGAUAUAGACGAUGAGAGUGCGUAUAUAUCGAUUCCGUCCCGACUGCCGCAACACCUCGCCGUGUAAGGGCACUCUGCAAAUCCGCAUCCUGCAAUUUCGAUAACAUGGCGUAAAACCGCGGCCAAACGUCGUCCCAGAUCCGACGGUACAUAAAGCUUCCCAUAUGAGAGGAAAGCGACUCCAUGAGUUCAGCCGCCGCACUCACGAUAAACGUUUCAGGGUCACCAAGUCUGUUGAGGAUGAAAGGCCAUGCAUUAUGAAUCGCUGGCAUGAGAGCGUCGGCCGGUAAGACAGACACUGAUGCAUUGAGAAGAGAAAGAAUUCGCGCACGAAUGACGGGGGAUCGAUGGGUCAAAAAAUACAUGGAGCGUGUGACCAUCUGUUUCGCAAGAGCCUGAGGCGCUGUUUGCACAGUUUCAUCGGUUGUUUGCUGAACCUCAAUCCCUUCACCUGCAUCUUUUCCUUUCUUUUUCUCCUCUCCCCAAGCCCGCCGAGGCGCGGGUCCAUAAUCGGUGGUAUCAUCUUGAUCGAAGAUAGGGUCGUUACGCUUCUCAAACCAAGAGAAAAACACGUCCAUUUUCUCCUUAUCAGCGUUCUUGAGAGGUUCACUAGCGUUAUCGUCGGUUUUCGUCGCCUUAUCUGUUUCCACCUCAAUGACUUUGAUGACCUCGUUCAAAACCUCCACAAUGCCCUCCACGACGACUUCAUAUCCAUGGUACUCGUCUAGUCGAUCGAAACAUUCUUCUACGACAUCCCCUGCUCGCUCAACGAUAUCAUUCCCUACAAGAUGGAUCAUUGAAACCAAGACCUUAGUUGCAUCAAUGUCAAUCCAUCUAC